AUGGACGAUGCAGCAUCAGUGCCAGAUGAGACCGGGUUCGUGGCAGACGAGGUGACCGCAAUUGUCAAGGAGGCGGUGGACGGCGUCCUGGCGGCGGAGGCAUACAACGAGCAGAUGGUGGGGCGGUGGACGAGCAACUGCCUGGAGGGCUGCGUGAAGCGGCUGGUGGCGCUGGGGAAGCCCUACAAGUACAUCGUGACAUGCACCAUCAUGCAGAAGACGGGUGCCGGCCUGCACACAGCUGCAUCGGCCUACUACGACACCGCCACAGACGGCAGCCGCACGAUUCGGUGGGAAAACAAGUCCAUGUAUGCCAUCACAACAGUUUUUGCGCUGGCUGCAUGA